AUGGUGGAGAAUUCUCCGUCUCCUCUGCCGGAGAGAGCCAUUUAUGGUUUUGUCCUUUACUUGGCUUCUCAGUGUGGAUUUAUCUUGUAUCUGACGUGGGCUUUUGUUCCUGAAUCAUGGUUACACUCCUUAGGACUGACCUAUUGGCCUCAAAAGUAUUGGGCUGUGGCUAUUCCAGUGUACCUCCUGGUGGUUCUAUGCAUUGCCUAUGUCUUUUUGUUCGGUGUGAAUUUGAUGAGUACGGCUCCCCAAGAUUCCUUAGAGAUAGUCACAGACUCGUAUGCCAAAAAGCAGCAGAUCAAAGAGACUCAAAAAGACGCCAUUCCAGCCCUGCAAGACAUUCCGAUCAGCGAGGUUAAUAGGAUGUUUUUCCUUCCACACUGGAGACAUAAUACAAACACCCACCUGUCAUAG